UCCCUCCCUUCCCCCCUGCUUCGAUCCGGUCUUUGAGCUCCCCUUUGGCUCCCGCUGUCCCCAUCGGAGCGCCCCUCUCCGCUGUUCACCCGGUGGUAGUGGGAGGCGGGGCUAUGGAGACGGAGUAUUACGGUGGGGAGCAGUCAGAUGAUGGUGGAGCUACACCAGUACAGGAUGAGCGUGAUUCAGGAUCAGACAUGGAAGAUAACGGAAAUGAACAACACUCUGGGUCAGAGAAUGGAAGCAUAGGACAACAUUCAGAGAAUGAACUUAGCGAUGUGGAAGAUGACAGACAAACUAUAGAACAUCCCAUGACAGACUCGGAAAAUGAAGAUACUCCCAGGCAGAAACAUAGUGAUUCAGAAAACGAGGAUGCCACUAAUCAUAAUGCCAGUGACUCAGAGAAUGAAGGGGUUGAUAGAGAGAAAGAUAGUGAUUCUGAUAUUGAGGAUAAUGCUGUUCACCCUGCCAGUGACUCUGAGAAUGAGGAUGCUGUAAAUAAUCAGGCGAGUGAUUCUGAGACAGAGGAGCCUCCCAAGGGCCACGGUAGUGAAUCUGAAAAUGAGGAACCUCCGAAGCACACGGGCAGUGAUUCUGAACAUGAGGGUUUGCACAAAGGGCAUGGAAGUGAUUUAGAAAACGAGGAGCCCCAGAAACAUCCAGCCAGUGACUCAGAAAUUGAGGAGCACCCAAAAAAUCAUGAUACUGAAUCAGAAAAUGAGAUGGUGCAAAAACCUCUUGCCAGUGACUCUGAAAAUGAGGAGCAAAAGGUUCAGUCCAGUGACUCUGAAUCUGAAGAUGCUCUCAGAAAUAAAAAGAAAAUAGAGGUAGGUGACAGUGAUGGAGAAAAUAAGAAAGAAGGGGAACUAGUGAAUAGUGCUCAGCUUUCAGAUGGUGAUCAGUUUGGAAAGAGACUUCAUGGCUUUGACAGUGAAGAAGAAGGAAGUCCCAAAAAACAGAAGAUAGACAGUGAUGAAGAAGAUGGAAAAGAGGAGGAAAAAUUGGCCAAGAGGAAGGCUGUUGUGCUGUCUGAUAGCGAAGAUGAAGAAAGAACACCUGCAAAAAAGGGGCGCGUUAUCUCAGAUGGUGAUGAAUCAGAUAGUGAUGCUGCCACAGGAAAAUAUGAAAAGCAAAAGAAGCAUAUCACUUCUGAUAGUGAGGAAGAUGAUGACAAGGGUGACGAUGGAAAGAAGAAAGAAGAGAAGGAUCUCUUUGGAAGUGAUAGUGAGUCAGGAAAUGAGCAAGAAAACCUCAUUGCAGAUAUAUUCGGAGAAUCUGGAGAUGAGGAAGAAGAGGAAUUUACAGGAUUUAACCAAGAGGAUUUGGAAGAGGAGAAAGCAGAAAGAAAAGAAGUAGCAGAUGAUUCAGACUCUGAUGACAACAUCAAAAGAGGAAAACACAUGGACUUCAUGUCCGAUUUUGAUAUGAUGUUACAACGGAAAAAGAGCAUGAGUGGCAAACGCCGGCGCAAUCGUGAUGGCGGGACAUUCAUUAGUGAUGCUGAUGAUGUAGUCAGCGCAAUGAUCGUUAAGAUGAAUGAAGCAGCAGAGGAGGACAGACAGUUGAAUACACAGAAGAAACCAGCACUAAAGAAAUUAACUUUGCUCCCAACUGUAGUCAUGCAUCUUAAAAAGCAGGACUUGAAGGAAACUUUCAUUGACAGUGGUGUAAUGUCAGCCAUCAAAGAGUGGCUUUCUCCAUUACCAGACCGGAGUCUUCCUGCCCUGAAAAUUCGAGAGGAGCUUCUGAAGAUUCUGCAAGAGUUACCUAGUGUGAGCCAAGAGACCUUAAAACACAGUGGGAUUGGAAGAGCAGUGAUGUAUCUCUAUAAGCACCCUAAGGAGUCACGGCCCAACAAGGACAUGGCAGGAAAACUAAUUAAUGAAUGGUCCCGGCCUAUUUUUGGUUUAACAUCAAACUAUAAGGGAAUGACCAGAGAAGAAAGAGAACAGAGAGAUCUGGAGCAGAUGCCUCAGCGAAGGCGAUUGAGCAGCUCUGGUGGUCAGACACCCCGCAGGGACUUGGAGAAAGUGUUAACAGGAGAGGAAAAAGCUCUCAGACCUGGUGAUCCAGGAUUCUGUGCUCGUGCCAGAGUUCCAAUGCCCUCCAACAAGGAUUAUGUAGUGAGGCCAAAGUGGAAUGUGGAAAUGGAGUCCUCUCGGUUCCAGGCAAGUUCAAAGAAAGGGGUCAGUCGCCUGGACAAACAGAUGCGGAAGUUCACAGACAUCAGGAAAAAAAGCAGAACGUCCCAUGCUGUGAAAAUCAGCAUUGAAGGCAAUAAAAUGCCAUUGUGACCCUCCCCAGAACCACCUUUGAUGUCUCCUGUAUAGACUUUCAGAAGAUGUCUGCAUUUUUAAAACAGACUUUGGGUUUUUUAAGCGCGUCUUCAAAUUGUUGGUUCAGCUCAUUGUAAUACAUGUUGAUUGAGGGUUAUGAACCCUGGGACGUGGUUCAUUAUGGUUUUAUUUAACCCUGACCUCUUGUCCCCUUUGUACAGAUAAAGCCUUGUAUUGCUGCAAAUACCAUACAUUAAAAUCUGUUUCUGA